AUAGCCAGGAGAAUCUUCGCGGUCAACUUUUGCUGGUCAGCUUUGUUAUUUAUCGCUUUUGGUAGCACAUUUGUCUCAGCUUUGGCGCCAGCUUGUAAAGGGUUCUCGCUUGUUUGAGCAUCUCGUAUAGGCGCUGUUUUGAUUUCUGAAACAUACUAGACGAAGGCUAGAAAGUAGCCCUCCACCCAAAAGAUUAAAUUGGCAUAAAGAUAAACAAAGACGAGCAGAACAGCACCGGUGCCAGUGACAGAUAUACUCAAUUGAGUGCAUAGCCUAACAUCACCGUCCUAAGCAGUUAGGAUAUAUACCCGAAGAAAGACUUUUAUAAAGUGUCUGCUCUAAAGUUUUUCUGUAUUUCAAGGAGAUAUCUUAUUAAAGACUAUUGAUUCAUUGCAUUAUACCCAUAUUAUACCCAUAAUUCACAAGCAUCCAGAGACAAGUUAACGCGGUUAGCGCUUCUUAGCAUUUUCAUAUAACUUUGCUAUCAUAACAUUGCCUACAUUUUACACUAUGAAAGAAGACGCUUGGGUCGAUCUGCAGCAAAGAACCCUCGUCAGAUGGCUCAACUCUAAGUUGAUGGAGGACUCGGAAUCUGAAGCUACUCCUACUUCAUCUUUGGGCCGUUCCAGUAUCACCAAUCUCCGUACAGAUCUUCAGGAUGGCAUUAUUCUCAUUAAGCUAAUCAACUGGCUCGUAUAUGAAAUCACCUCCAACGAGAAUCAUCCGCUCACAAAACGUAACACCAAACUCUAUUACCUAACGCCUAUCUACAAAAAGCCAACGUUCAAGUUGCAGAAGUUGGAAAAUCUCAACGACUUCUUGAAGUUCAUCAACCUCAUCUUGAACGUCAAUGUGUGCAACAUCAGUGCUGACAACAUCUACGAAGGAGACUUGAAGCUCACGCUCGGGUUGCUCUGGUCGCUUUUUGUCUUCAGCACGGCCAAUUCGUUCACUUUUAAAAACGCCAACACGUCGUUUGUAGAAAUCAAGUCCAUUUUGCUCGGCUGGGUCAAUGACAUCUUAGCUAAGAGAAACUCCCGUGUUUCUAACUUCAACAAAGAUUGGUCCAUAGACAUCAACCGACCCGACCGGAUUCUUGCAGACAUUCUCCACUACUACGGCAUUCGCUUUGAGACUCAAAAAAGUGAAAACGACGAAAACCACAAUCUCAAGAAACUCACGCUGGUGUUGAGCUACAUUGAGAACAAACUUAUGAUACCCCAUUUGAUAGAUACGGACGACUUUGCCGUGUUAGUUCCAGACGAAAAAUGCAUAGUGAUCUUUCUCGUUGAGCUCUACAAGGUGUUUGAGAUCGAGGGCCAUUUCUUUGAAGAUGAAGAAGCUGCUCGUAGCGAGACUGAAACUGAAAUCCAGUACGUGUUUGACGAUAUUCUCAGUAUGUCAAUCGAGACAUCAAGAGAGAAGAACAAAUAUGAGACGAGAGCCUUACGAUUUCUCAACAAAACCAACUCUUUACUAGGUCAAUUGAAUGAAGGCUAUGAAUCGUUACAAGACAUCAACGCUGGAAAUCUGCUUGAAACUGACUUGACCAAGUGUUUAGAGAUGUUGAAAACAGCAUUGACUGAACCAACCAUCGAGAACUUGAACCAUUUCAUGGGCUUCUUUAGCCACAUAAACAUCAAGAUGACAUCGUUAGUGAAAGUCAGCCAAACCUUUGAAAACUACAAACAGAACAUCAAACCUGAUUUAGUAUACAAAGAUUUCACUAGCAUCAGCAAUCUUGUCAAAUCUGUCAGAGCCAACUUGCAAAAAAUCGAUCUCCUCUACUAUCCCUCUAUCAAGUCCCUUAAUAUUGAAGCUAUGUCGGACAAGUUGAAUGAACUCAUGGAACUCGAAUCCAAGUUCUCAGCUUCUGCUAACACUUUGGUAGAAGCUUUGAAGAAAGAAGCCAGCCAACUUCAUACCCAUUUGAAGAUCAUAGAAGAUAACAACUUGAGAGAAGUAGACGAGAAGCUGCCACAUAAAGAUUGGCUUCUCAGGUGCCUUGAUUACUUCGACUACUUGGUAAAUUUCUACGCCCGCUUGGAUCAUUUCAGUACAUUGUUGAACGCUCCAAUUCCGACAGCAGAAUUGAAGAAGGUAAUGGAGACAAAUGGAGAAUAUGAAGGUGCUUGUAAGGAUUACAAACUUAGCCCUGAAAUCUUCAUUAGCUUCAAAGAGGCGUUUGUGCGCCAGGACAACUUCAUCAACCACUUUGAGUUGGUGCGGUUCUUGAAGUCCAAUGUCUCGGCUGAUGUAGAUCCUAGCACGAUCGAGAUGUUCAUCAAGUUAAUUCCUACCAAGUCGGUGCAGACACUUAUCUCUUCAGCUUCAUUUUCGUCGGGCUACUCGUUUUCGUUCUCUGAAUCAGAAGAUGACUAUAUCUUUGACGAGUUGCAGAAGAAGGUAGACUCACAGUUGUCGGGCACCAUCGAUCGUGUGUACGAUAUUCAUGACUUUAUUGAACAGUUUGAGACUGGAUUCAAGAUUUAG